AGGAAUAUCUCUAUUUUCAUUGGCGUGUUUCUUUCUUUUAGGUCUAAUGAGUGGGCUUGUGUGUGAAUCGAAAACCAAGCAAACUGAGAAUAUAGUCCUCGUAGUUCGAUCUGGUUGGCCUCUGCUCGUCAGUCUCGUAGAACAGGCGGAGAUAAAUAUUGCUUGCAUGAGUAAAAGGUGAAGAUGGAUAGAAACGCAAGACGAAAGGAACGCCUUGACAAAUACUGUGCUAAUUUUGUGCAAACAGUAGAAGUAGAAAAUAUAUUACACUACUUCCCUAAAAUGACAAAGGGUACAAAGGAGUUGAUACGGCGAAAAGCAACCAAUGAAGGAAAUCGAGCAGGAGCAUAUGAAUUAUAUAUGAAAAUAACUAAAGCUGACAGUGAUUGGUACGACUACUUAAUGAACGCACUGAGAAAAGCAGGAUACUCAGACUUGCUAAAGCUACUCCAAGAUGAUGAUGAUGGUGGUAAUGGUGAUGCUGCUUGCAAACAACCAUAGGCUGACAGCCGAGGCCUCUUAAUCGGAUAAAAUACAAAGAUUCAAAAGGCAGCCUUAUUGUACAUCGACACCCCUGCCAUGCUUUAUAUCUACCAAAAAUUAAAGAGAUAUAUUAUUAAAUGAAAUUUAUCCCCUGGCAAAACCAAUUGUUAAGACGACUCAAACUCUGGUGGGUUUUAUUCAAUGAUCAUCUUAAUUUCGAAGUAAAUUAUAACAUGUCGUAUAGAAGUCAUUGACACUGUGGAUUAACAGU